GAAGGACCUACAUACCACCAGCCCACGCUACCCAAUCGUCUUCAACGACGACCACGACGUGCUUGGCUGCGUCAACGGUGUCCUCGUCGCCCUCAACGGCCUUUGUCGACCUCGAUUACUCCUUAUUCGAGCUUCCCUCCUUCGGCCUUAACUUUCAGUCCGUCAUUAUGCUGCUUCCUUGCAGUUCCAGUGUGGACAUCCAAAUGAUAGGGUUUCCCUCUCGAUUACCCUCUUCAUGUUCCAUCCUUCUCUACUUCCUCGCUGGAUUGUUCCUCUUCCUUGCUGUUCGUUUUGUUAUACAUCGGAAUUCUGCCGCUACCGUCGUUGCAACGUCUUCAGGUGAUAAGGAGAAACGGACAGCAGAAGCAAUUCGAGUCGAGCAGAAAGCAUCUUCAUGGCGUCUUUUUACUUGGGAAAGUCUACCCGUUAGCCUUCCAAUAACUCUGACCACCCCUCCAAAUCCCACUAUAAUUGGCAGAGGUGUGGGAGUAAAAUCGGUCACCUCACUCAUUGCCUCGCCCCCGCCGCCGCGGUUGCCAACAUCCAAUCAUACCCGGUCGCAAAAAGAGCAGGCGAUGUCUUUUCACAGAAGAGGUCCUACGUUCGAGCAGCCCUUACCUGCAAUUUACCAAUCGCAAGAACCUUUAUCAAUGGCAAAACUGAUCAUGUCACGGCAUACAUUACGCCGUCCCAGUCCCAAGUCUCUCAAACGCUCUUCUUCUGCACCUCCGACACCCAGUAGACCUCACACAAUGGUCUGAUUGGAUCUUCGAUAUUGCUUAAAUAAAUUGUUCUCGCCGCCCAGGUAGCGAAUGAAAUCUAAAGGAAACCCAUACGUUAGUCACGCCUAUCUUACGCCUACGAUCUAACACGAAUGUACGGCUACUGACUAUAUCCGCCGACCCUGACCUCCUAUCAUCCGCCUUUUCUUACGUACUCGUUGCGAGAUUUUGGUACCCGUCCUUUUGCAAAUCCUGCAGCAGUCGUAACACCGGAGCGACUCGACCAGCAUUUCCAAACAAUCAAAUCUUCGACUUUGUUUCCUUCCCCCAGACACUUUUUGAUUAUUAUUAUUGUUAUUAUGGAGAUGGAUGGGAGGACCUCUGAUGGAAACUAAGUAGUACCUUUUCAUGGAUAUUAUUUUAUUACUUUCCGUGAUCGCAUACAUAUUUCUUGUACUUGCGGAAAUAAAAAAAGUGUCAAAUGUCC